AUGGCUUACAAUAUUAUUCUUGAUAGAGUAUUGUCAAAUAAAUUUGGGGCAUUCUUUAUUGAUGGUCCUGGUGGAACUGGUAAAAGUUUUUUAUAUCGUGCUUUAUUAGCUACAGUAAGACACAAGGGAUUUAUAGCUUUAGCAACUGCAAGUUCUGGUGUUGCAGCUUCACUUCUUCCCGGAGGUCGAACUGCUCAUUCUCGAUUUAAAAUUCCUAUUGAUGUCAAUGAAAAUUUUACUUGCAAUAUUAGUAAACAAAGUUCACUAGCAUCUUUAAUACGAGAUGCACGAUUAAUUGUGUGGGAUGAAAUUUCAAUGGCAAAAAAGAAAAUGGUUGAAGCAUUUGACUUGCUUUUAAGAGAUCUAAUGGAAACAAAUACGUUAUUUGGUGGUAAAAUAGUUGUUUUUAGUGGAGAUUUCAGACAAACUCUUCAUGUUGUUCAUAGUGGAAAAAAAGAAGAUUUUAUUCGUGAAAGUUUAUUGUGUUCUGAAAUUUGGAAUCAACUUGAAAAAUUACAGUUAUCAAAGAAUAUGCGUGCAACUAAAGAUCCUGAAUUUUGUGAAUAUUUAAUGAGAAUUGGUGAUGGAAAAGAAAAAACAAAUGACCAUGGAAAAAUUGAAAUUCCUCAUUCCUUCAUUAUUCCUUUUACUUCUGAAAAAGAAUCUCUAAAUCUUCUCUUUAGAAAUACUUAUCUUGAUUUAUACACAUGUUGUACCAAAACUUCGUUUAUUACUUCUCGUGCUAUUCUAACAACUAAAAAUGAUUUUGUUGAUGAAAUAAAUGACAUGUUGAUCUCUCAAUUUCCAAACACUGAAAAAGUGUAUAUUGCUAUAGAUGAAACUAUUGAUCCAAAGGAUCAAAGUGAAUAUGAAGAUUUCUUACACACUUUAAAUCCUACUGGUUUACCUCCAUACAAAUUAACUUUGAAGAAAAAUUGUCCGAUUAUGUUAUUAAGAAAUUUAAAUCCUUGUGAAGGUUUAUGCAAUGGGACACGGUUAAUAUGUAAUGAUUUUAAACCUCAUGUUAUUAGUGCAACAAUAUCUAGCGGUGAUUUUAAAAAUACACAUGUAUUUAUUCCACGAAUACCACUCAUGACUUCAGAAGAUGAAAAAUUGCCUCUUCCUUUUAAGAGAACACAAUUUCCUGUACGAUUAUGCUUUGCCAUGACUAUAAAUAAGCUCAAGGACAAACAUUAG